ACCACCAGAACGACCAGAACCGAAGCUGUAGCUGUAGCUUUGAACGCCAGUGGUGUAAAUAUUUUGAACUUGUUUGCUUUCAUACAAUUUCGUGAUUUGGCUGGUUCGGCAAUGUUUCAAAUAAUUAAAACUGGCCGGAAUAAAAUGCAAGAGUUGCAUUAUCUUGAUUAUCCUCCCAAGGAGGCGGACUCACCUACUCCCCCGCCUUCGGCAGUGAUGAUUAGGACCAACUUCAACAACAGUCCUGGAACUAAGCGACAGUUUGUGAAAGUGAAUGAGGAGAUGUUUGUUCAAGAGAUAAAGAAGCGUCCCAUUCUAUACAACACCACUAUGAAGGACCAUAAACGGUUCAGCACCAGACACGAAGCUUGGUCGGAGGUUGCCACUGCAAUGAAUUUGUCCGAACAAGAGUGCAAGAAACGGUGGCGAAGUUUACGGGACGCUUUCAUGAAGGUGGUUCGCAAUAAGAACGAGGAAGAACAAAAAACUUGGGUUCACUAUCGACUUCUGGAAUUCCUGCUGCCGUAUAUUGGGAAAAAAGGAAAACGAUCCAGGGAAAUCGAAUGUCUUGAAGGUUUCGAUAAUGAUGAUGAGGAUACAGAAUACGUGGAAUUCGAAGAAGAAAUCUGUAAAAAUUCAAGAGAGCCUAUAACUGUGUCCUAUGUUACUGAAGAUGGACAAGAAGUUUUUCAAAUGCUACAAGACCCGGACACUAUACCCGAAGGUGCUGUAAUAGGAAUAGAGACAGAGGAUGAGGAUGAACUCGAGGAAAAUGAUAUGUUGCAUGAUACUGAUGCAUAUGAAGAACGAUUAGAUUCCACUAUGCUGGAUCUCCAUACAUCGUACGAAACAUCGGGUCAGCAAUCACAUUUACGGGAUAUCAAACAAGAGUCAUUCUGCGAUGGAGAUGGAUCUGAGAUCCACAUCGAAGAAAUCGAAAUGGACUCUGUUAUUAGCGAAGAACAUAAUGUUGAUGGUGAUGAAAAAACGAAAAACACGAAAAUUGUACAUGAAAAUCAUACUGAUUUCACAAGCACGGAUCAUUUGCUGGACAAAUCAAAUGUGUGUGCAAUCGUUUCACAGGAAGACACUGCACUUUCGAUGGCGAACCUAGAUGCCAGAGUAAAUUUAGCUUCGACGCAGGCACCUGCCCACUCAAUUCCAGAACCACAACCUGUACGGGUAAAAACACCGGUAAACACGAGCUGUACAACGGUGCAGCGAGAAGCAGAAUCUAACACUAGAACAAGCGAUUCUGACGAGAAGUUUCUACUGUCGUGUGCUCCCAUUUUGCGACGGUUACCAAACAAAAAGAACCAGCUGGCGAGACUGAAAAUACAGCAAUUGCUUUUUGAGUUAGAAUAUGAUGAAAAAUAUAACAGUUAGACAGCAUGUCAACGUUUA